AUGGUUUACGACCAGUACGAGGAGGAGGCCGAGGAGCCUCGUACGAAAACUCGAGGUCGUUCCAGAGCCCGAAAAAUAUCGUUUGGCCGUAAGGCGGGUCAACGAUCCGCUCAAAAGAUGAACCUGGCCCUCGAAGACGGCGAUGAGACGGCCGAUAACUCUGAUUCUGGUUCAGAAUCCUCGCUUUUGAAAGAGCAACAGCAUAUCUACGGUGGUGAAAAUCAGGAAAGGCCGAUAAGGGACAACGAGAGUUCAAACUCACAGUUCGCUAAACGCAAAGUGAAAAUUGCACCACGCUCAACGUUGCAGUUCAAAAUAGGUCCUAAGUUCGAAGAGUCUGCAUCUUAUUGCCAAAUCGUGUGCUCGACAACCCAGGUGCCGGUAAAUUUCACUCUGUCGCCUCGCAUCGACCGUGGUUUCGAUCGAUAUGAGGAUCAAUGGAUUGGAUACAAACGCAACUAUUUCACACUGGUAACUUCUUUCGAAGUUUUGGGCGCUCAAAGUGAAGAGUUCUUGCUCAAGUCCUACCAGGUAACUGGCAUAUUUGGUUGCAGUAAAGCUUUUGAGGUCAAGUACUUUGCAGUCCGUCUUGUGGCGAUGUGUUCGGAAGAUGAAUCACCAGUGACACUGGUUCAGCAUACGGCAAAGCGUGAUAAGGGGCCCCAAUUUGAGCCGCCCAUUCUGCCACUCGUUCCCGCACCAUUACCAACACAUCAAGUCAUCCGGGAGGCGUCAAAUGUGAGAAAUGAAGCAAAAAUGAAAAAGUACGAUCAUCUUUUUUACCUCAGCCGGAAUUCUGAUUCUUCCAAUUCAUCUCAAAAAGAGCUUUUAUCAACGUACCCUGAAAAUCGUGUCAGAAAAGUGGCGCGCUAUGAAAGAGUUCAGUUUUCUUCGUCCAUAAACGCCAAGAAAAACGCUACUCAGACAAAGCACUUCCAGCUAAAAGUCAUUCUUGGUUGUGUCAUUGAGGAAACGCGUCUGCAUCCAGAAUUUUUUGAAAGACUUGAGGGGAAAGCGUGUCUCUUGGAGAACAGAACAUGUACAUUCGUUCCUAUCACUGAAAUGAUAAGUCCGCCCUUGGUUAUCCGCGGGAGAUCCCCUUCUAAUUACUACGGCGCAAACGCUUUAAAUGUUGAAGAAAACAAAACACAGUCCAUAACGACAACUGGUUGGCAUCAUGACAGAUCGUAUUUGGGCUCUUCAACAGCAUCUAAACCCAACUUCAAAUUCGACCAAUCUGCAAAAGCAAAUCAGACGAAGGAACUUGCGCUUAGCGACAUAACGAACAAAAAACAUUCGGGAGCUUCAAGCCUCCCUAACUUCAAGUCCCGCUUUACCGUGCCGGCAAUCAUUCGUCCUCAUGUGAAAGUUGACUUGCAAACUAUGUCUUGCAUUGAGGCACUGAUGCUAGAGAGAUCCGCUUCUUGUAGAGACGACAGCGCCUUACGAAAAGAUUUGGACAAGUAUCCGAGGAUUUUGAAGGAGAAUGAUCAGCAUCCACCAGUCAUUGGGAUGAAAGAUAUCGAACUGGGACCAUUGGUUCGCCUAGCCUCAUCUCAUAGCGAACGAGAUUUAGGAUUCACUCAUGAGGCAUUCAAUUUGGGGAUGGGAUCACUAGGGUUGUCAAGUCUCCCGGCUCAACACCGUAAUGCAGCGAAAGAGCCGGUGCGGAAGAAGAGGAAGCUUCACAACGAGUCUCACCUUGAAGAAGGCAGUUGUACAGAGAGUUUGGCAAAUAAUGAGCCUGGGGAUGUUACUGAGACUUCCUAUGUCGAACCUUAUUCACCGAACGAAAAAGGUGCUACAAAUCAGCGUAACAAUUUAAUAAGUUCACGAGCCGGUGCCAGAGCUAAUCCGAUGGACAUUUCUUUCUGUUUGAAUCUUGGGACGGAACGAAAUGCCCACCUCUUGAUACGACCCAACACAUCACGAAAAGCACUACUAUCGAGGCAUCUGCUGACAUCCAGUGGAAAGCCUUCGGACGUUUUUGGUGUCAACGAGUUUUUCGACGAGCCCAGUUUCUAUAAGCAUUGA